CCUGCUCAUUCCUCUGCAGGACCUGAAGGAGGACCAUCGACCCGCUGCUGCAGGACGCUCCGCCGGGAUUCCCGCUCAGGUUGUUGGCACGCGGCGCAGCUCGGAGCGCCGCCGCGGCUGGAAGUUGCCCGCCGUCAUCACGCGCUCAGUCACGCCUCGGGACUCCGGCCCAAAGUUAUGCUUUCGACGCUGGCUGCCACGCAGACCCGCACAAUGUCAAGGAGACCCGGCGCUUUCUGCGAGUGUGGAAAAUGACUGCGACCAGCUCCGACCUUUUCAUUAUGGUGAGGAGAUGCCUUCUCACUUUCAAACCAUUCAGGAUCUUUGUGGUGGGGAUUGGGUUCUUCAGCCUGUGCUUUCUAAUGACCUCUCUCGGGGGCCAGUUCUCUACCAAGAGACCCGGAGAUUCCCCCUUCACCGUGCGAGCCGAAGUGCUCGGUGGCCAAGAAUCUCGUGGGGUGCUGAGGAAAAUCAGUGACAUGCUGGAGGUCAUUAUGAAGAGGAUGGAUGCUCUGUCUAAACUGGGGAACACCACAGAAACCCACAGGCUGGACGAGCUCAGCUCGGCCCUGGACAGGAUUCAGCCUAUAGGGUUAGUGGAGCGGAUUCAGGCCAUAGCCCAGAACAUGUCCGACUUGGCAGUGAGGGUGGAGCAAAUCCUACAGCGCAGCAUUGCCAGCAACAGAGUUAGGGACGGAGCAUUAGGACAAUGCGAGACUCCUAAAGAUCCCCGUUAUCCGGACUGUGCCAGCAAGAUGGAUUGGAUGCGUGCUCGUUGGACCUCAGACCCUUGCUAUGCCUUUUAUGGCGUGGACGGCUCCGAUUGCUCCUUCCUCGUCUACCUGAGCGAGGUGGAGUGGUUCUGCCCCCCGCUGGCCUGGAGGAACCAGACUGCCACGCCCACCUUGAAGCCUCCGCCCAAGAGACAGGCUGUUUUCCAGUCUGACAUCGGGGCUCUGCUGGAGCAGGUGGGCACCGGGAAGGAGUCGCUGAGCUUCAUGAAGAGACGCAUACGCAGGCUGGCGGCACAGUGGGCCUCUGCUGCUCGCCGGCUGGAUGACAAGCUCCGCAGCCACUGGAGAGAGCAGAAAAGGAUUCUUGUUCAUGUGGGCUUUCUGACAGAGGAGUCUGGGGAUGUCUUCAGUCCCAAGGUGCUGAAGGGGGGUCCGCUGGGCGAGAUGGUGCAAUGGGCCGACAUCCUCACAGCCCUCCAUGUGCUGGGACACAAUCUCAAGAUCUCAGUUUCUCUCAAAGAGCUGCACGGGUUUCUGGGGGUCCCCCCAGGAAGAGGAAGCUGCCCUCUGACGGGUCCUCUGCCCUUUGACCUCAUCUAUACCGACUACCACGGCUUGCAGCAAAUGAAGCAGCACAUGGGUCUGUCACUGAGGAAGCACAAGUGCCACAUCCGGGUGAUUGACACCUUCGGCACCGAGCCUGCUUACAACCACGAGGAGUACGCCACCCUGCAUGGCUACAGAACCAACUGGGGCUACUGGAACCUCCACGGCCAGCAGUACAUGACCAUGUUCCCCCACACUCCUGAUAACUCUUUUAUGGGUUUUGUGGCGGAGGAGCUGAAUGAGACGGAGAGACUGAACAUUCAGCGGAACAAGGUGAACAAUAUGGCUGUUGUGUACGGCAAAGAAGCCAGCAUGUGGAAGCUUCAAGGAAAGGAAAAGUUCCUCUCCAUUCUGCAUCGCUACAUGGAGAUCCAUGGGACAGUGUACUAUGAGACCCAGCGUCCCCCAGAGGUGCCUGCCUUCGUCAAGAACCACGGACUGCUGCCUCAGCAGGAGCUGCAGCAGCUCCUCAGAAAGGCCAAGCUGUUCAUUGGAUUUGGCUUCCCCUAUGAAGGUCCCGCCCCUUUGGAGGCCAUAGCCAAUGGCUGCAUCUUCCUGCAACCCAAGUUUAAUCCCCCUCACAGCUCUCUCAACCAUGAGUUCUUUAGAGGGAAGCCCACCUCCAGGAAGGUGUCCUCUCAGCAUCCAUAUGCAGAGCAGUAUAUCGGCAGGCCGCAUGUCAUCACCAUCGACUUCAACAACUCUGAAGAGUUUGAUGCAACCAUCCGUGAGAUCAUGAGGAUCAAUGUGGAGCCGUUCCUGCCAUAUGAGUACACCUGUGAGGGGAUGCUUGAAAGAGUUCAUGCCUACAUUCAGAACCAGGACUUUUGCUCCCCCGAAGCUCCGUUUCCUCCUGUGAACUCGUCGGGGGCUUGGCUGGGCAGCCCUCCCAGUCCUUUCAUUCUGCUGCCAAACUCCAGCAUCCUAACCUGGGCCUCCAACACCAGCUACUACGCCUCCUGGCCGCCCCUCAGCGCACUGCGGCUCCUGGCUUCGCUGGAGGGCCAGUCGUGUGUGAUGGCGUGCCAGAGUGCAGGACUAAUCUGCGAACCCGCCUUGUAUCGUUUCAUCAACAUUAAGGAGGCCUUCAGCGCGCUGGAGUUGCAGUGUGAGGGGGUGGAGUUCGAGAUGAACCACCUCUUCCCCGCCUUCUCAGCAGAGCAUGCCGAAUGUGGCCUGCAGCAGGAUCCGCUGCUGUUCAGCUGCGCCGGCUCCAGCGCCAAGUACCAGCGCCUCUGCCCCUGCAGGGACUAUCGCAACGGCCAGGUGGCGCUGUGCAAGGACUGCCUAUGACCAGACGGGAACCCGCGGACGGAGACUCUUGUUUAAGGCACAAUCCCGGCUGUCCCGUGAGACUCCCUUUGAAAAGCAGAGUCCGCGGUGAAUCGCUGUAAAGCUUUGUUUUACAGAUCAGUGACUCUGCUCCCUUACCUCCGACUAAGGGCCCGGCUGCCAAAGUAGGUAUCACCUCUCAGGGAACUGCAUGAUUGUACUUUGAAUCUGGUGGGUUUAAAGGUUUACAUGGCUGCAUUAGGACCGCAAUCGUCACAGAGGUCAUGAUGAAAUGUGUCUUGUGAUGGACCGGUGACAUUAGUAAAGAAACCAUGGGCAAUCAAAAGGAGAGCUUUGCUGUUUCAAAUGCUUGAAUUCCACAAGUGUGUUUACUCAGUGUUGUGUGAGUAUGUACAGUAUCAUAGUGGAGUUUGGAUAUUUGUACUAGAUGCUCCCAAAGCCAUUUACACGGUGUUGAGAUGUACUAUUUUACAUGUCCUGUAAUGAAUACAUUUGUAUAUAAGUGUUGU